GUGGAGAAACCAGAGGGAUUGAUUAUAGCAGUUUGGCUGCGCCUUUCAUAUAUAUAUAUUCUCCAUGCAAUCGUUCUUCUUCAGAAACCUUUUUGCUUCUUCAAGCAUCUGGCCAAUAAACACCGGCAAGUUCAUUGAUUGAUCUCUUUCAACUUUUUUCUUUCACACGGCAUCGAUUCUCCUUUGCCCCCAACAACAACCCACUCCGUGUCUUCCACGAUCUCGCCCGUAAACUAUCGCUUUUUUUGCUCUCUAUAUAUAUUCUCUCAUCUCUGUCACUUUCUUGAACGAAGAAGACGAUAUGGGCGGGGUGUUUUCAGAUGCCCAGUCUAAGCAAGGAUGUUAUGGCCGUGGAAGGAGCAGUCAACCAAAGGGUUCCAGAUUCGAGAAAAAAGAAUCUAUCAAGCAGAAAUAUCGUUUCAUCCCUGAUAAUUUUUCUUCCCUGGAACAGGUUACAACUGCCCUGAGGGAAGCUGGCCUGGAAUCAUCAAAUCUCAUUGUUGGAAUUGAUUUCACUAAAAGCAAUGAAUGGACAGGCAAGGUCACGUUCAAUAAUCGUUGUCUUCAUGUCAUUGGAGACACACCUAAUCCAUAUGAGAAAGCCAUCUCUAUUAUUGGAAACACUAUGGCUCCCUUUGAUGAAGACAACUUGAUUCCCUGUUUUGGCUUUGGUGAUGCCACCACUCAUGAUCAAGAGGUGUUUAGCUUUCACGGUGAUCAUUCACCUUGCCAUGGUUUUGAGGAAGUAUUGACAUGCUACAAAAAGAUUGUUCCAAACUUGCGACUUGCAGGGCCAACUUCGUACGGACCAGUGAUUGAGGCUGCCAUAGACAUUGUUCAAAAAAGUAAAGGCCAAUAUCAUGUAUUGAUCAUCAUUGCAGAUGGCCAGGUCACAAGAAGUGACAAUUCAAGUGAUAGAGAACUGAGUCCACAAGAAGAGCAAACAAUCAAGGCAAUUGUUGACGCAAGUUCAUAUCCACUGUCAAUAAUUCUUGUUGGAGUUGGUGAUGGACCUUGGGAAGACAUGAAGAGAUUUGAUGAUAAAAUCCCAGAUCGUAAAUUUGACAAUUUUCAGUUCGUUAAUUUCACUGAAAUUAUGGCAAAAAAGGCAACGCUCUCAGAGAAAGAAGCGGCUUUUGCUUUAACUGCCCUGAUGGAGAUUCCUUUCCAGUAUAAAGCAGCCGUUGAGUUUGGUGUCAUUGGAUGUUCCACGGGAAGAGCAAAGAAAAUAGUACCACGCCCUCCUCCAGUGCCGUAUUCAAGUCGUUCAGUACAAUGUCGUGAACCAACCAAUGUUUCUUCUCCAGUCUUGGAUGAAAGAACCCAGGCCUGCCCUAUUUGCCUGACUGAUGGAAAGGACUUGGCCUUUGGCUGUGGGCACAUGACUUGUAGAGACUGUGGAUCAAUAGUAUCUAACUGUCCCAUAUGCCGCCAGCCAAUCACCAGCAGAAUGAAGCUGUUUUCUUAACGACAGGAUGAAGGAAAAUUGUAUUUUGAACCUUACAUAUGUGGCUCUCUUGCUCUCUUGUCUUGACUGUUUGUGUAUGUUCCAGUGUGAAGUCAGACAGAUUUCUGUUUCUUAAAUUGAUGUACAAUGCUUGUUAGAACUUCUGUUUACCGAUUAAUUUAGAGUUUAAGACGUGCAAUAAUCUUGCUCAGCAAUAA